AUGAAGGAGAGUCGAGAGAAGGCUAACAAGGGAUUGUACAGCUUAAUGGCGCCAACUGCGAGUACUUUUGAAAUGGAAAGGAGAUUUCAGGGUGAUGACUAUGAUGAUGCGAAGAAAACAGGCGAAAAAAGUUGGGUUGAAUCCAAGAAGAUGUGGAAGAUAGCAGCACCAGCCAUUCUAACGGCAGUGGCUCAGUUCUCCAUUGGCUUCGUCACUGUUGCAUUCAUUGGCCAUCUUGGGUCUACCGAACUUGCUGCCGUCUCUGUUGUUCAGAAUGUGAUCGAAGGAUUUGUCUAUGGAAUAAUGCUAGGGAUGGGAAGCGCACUUGAGACGCUAUGUGGCCAAGCUGUUGGAGCUGGAAAAUAUGAUAUGCUUGGAAUCUACAUGCAAAGAUCAUAUGCCAUUACUCUUGUGACAGCCCUAUUGCUAACACCAUUUUACAUAUUCACAUCACCAUUACUGAAGCUCCUACACCAGAAUACAAGUAUUUCGGAACUUGCUGGGAAGUAUGCAAUAUGGGUGAUACCUCAAUUGUAUGCUUACGCCCUGGAAUUCCCUAUUCAGAAGUUCUUCCAAGCUCAAAGAAAAAUAUGGGUUAUGACAAUAAUCAAUCUAGUUAUAUUGGCAUUUCAUGUUGUACUAAAUUGGGUGCUUUUGACAAAGCUUGGACAUGGCCUGUUUGGAGCUGCCAUAGCAGGAAAUAUCUCUUGGUGGCUUGUGGUUAUAGCUCAGCUUUUCUAUGUUGUCUCUGGUUACUUCCCUGAAGCAUGGGCAGGAUUUUCCACAUUAGCAUUCAAAUCCCUGUGGGGUUUUCUCAAACUCUCACUCGCAUCAGCUAUCAUGCUUGGCCUGGAGCUCUGGUAUUACACAGUGGUGAUUCUUAUGGUAGGGUGGUUAAAGAAUCCGGAAAUCGCUGUAGAUGCUAUAUCAAUAUGCAUGAACUUGCAAUUAUGGAUACUGAUGAUCACUCUAGGUUUCAAUGCUGCAGUCAGCGUGCGUGUUUCCAAUGAACUAGGAGCUGGUCGUCCAAAAGCUGCAAAAUUCUCAGUAGUGGUUGCUGUAGUUACAUCAACUAUCAUUGGAGUUUUUUUUAUAGCUGCAGUUAUUGCAGCUAAGAACUAUUUCCCCAGAUUGUUUACUAGUAAACUUGAGGUCAUACGAGAGACAUCCAAGUUGGGGUACUUCUUGGCUGCAACCAUCAUUCUCAACAGCAUCCAACCUGUUCUUCAUGGGGUGGCAGUUGGAGCGGGAUGGCAAUUUUCUGUCGCAAUCAUUAAUAUAGUUUGCUACUAUGUAAUUGGCCUGCCAUUUGGUGCCUGCCUCGGUUACCUUGUGAAUCUUGGUGUGGAGGGAAUCUGGUCUGGGAUGUUAUUUGGUAGCCUGCUUCAAACUAUAAUUUUAUUGUUGAAAAUGUUCCGAGCUAAUUGGCAUAAAGAGGUGAUCCAUGCUGAGGAGCGCAUAAGGUCACACGCUAGCACGCCUUUGCAUCCGGAUGUAGUUGAGCAAACGUACUACUUCACCUCUGCCCCUACUAACAUGAGAGAAGAGCAAACGAGAGCAUCAGAGACCACCAAAAUAGAGCAAGCAUGA